AUGGUAUCGGCAUAUCGAAAGUCAAAAAUUGGAUUAAUACCAAAGAAAGAAGGUCAAAAUGCUGCUAUGGAGGAAUGUUUUUACGGCGAAGACGAAGUGGCAAUGGUAACAAGUGAUCAACAUCAGAAGAAAAAAAGAAUCAAAGAUUUAAAAAGUGGAGAUCGUGUUUAUACAGUGAAUGUACACAGAAAUAAAAUGGAAGAAGACGUUGUUAUGUUCAUUGGGCAUGGUGAUAGUGAAAGAAAUGGUGAGCCACAGUUGUCAGUUUCUAGUAGCUAG